AUGUUAGGAGCGUUCACGCAUUCGAAACUGUGUGAACUGAAUCCUGCCUUUUUCUGCAGUUUCGGAAUAGAAGAAUCUCUGCAAUCUCCACCAGAUGACAAGGAAUCUCUUGUUCGAUUAUGCGGGAUGCUUAUGAAUUAUUUUAGAUGCAUGAGAAAGUUUGAAACCAAAUGUGAAAUAUCCUACGAUUUCAGACCCUAUAAGUAUUUACCAAAUUCAGUGAUAUUUGUCUGGGAUAUAUGCUUACAAGGUAGCUAUUUGAAUCAAGAUUACCUUAGAUUUGCAAAAUGCUACAAAAGUGCAAUACAGGAAAUUACGGUUUGUCGGAAAACAUUUGACACAGCUUAUGACUCCUACUUCUCGCCUUAUGAGAUUAAAGAUCCUGAGUUGAUAGAGGAAAUUUGCGAUAAACACCAGCAAAAUGUGGAUUGUAUCAGUGAAGAGAUUCGAAAGAAAUGUGGCCCUGAAGCAAAACAUGUGUUCCUGCGAAUAGUUCAUCAUUCGAAGUAUCUGCAAAUGACAUGUCCUAAAUACGACAAUGAUAACUAAAGCGAAAAUCGGCUCUUUUAAUAAGAAAUAAUUAUCAUAAAGGACAUUUCGUUUCUUUACAUAAUGACAGACGUAUA